GCGAGCAAGAGCUAGAAUCGGGCGGGCGGCGUGGCAACUGAAAGGUGAACCAGGGACGACAGACGUCGGGGGAGGCCAGCCGGGGACGAAAGACGUCGGGGGAGGUCAGCCGGGGACGACAGACGUCGGGGGAGGCCAGCCGGGGACGACAGACGUCGGGGGAGGCCAGCCGGGGACGACAGACGUCGGGGGAGGUCAGCCAGGGACGAAAGACGUCGGGGGAGGUCAGCCAGGGACGAAAGACGUCGGGGGAGGUCAGCCAGGGACGACAGACGUCGAGGGAGGUUAACCAGGGACAACAGACGUGAGGGCAGGCGGAGCUGGGAGAGCGUCUCGGGACUCCGCAGAGUCCGCCUAGAGUCCGUGGAGGCAGCCGUCAUGACGGGACUCGCGCAUCUUACCCCGGAGAGUCCCCUGUUCCGGGCGUACCUCUUCUGGUCGGCCCUGCUCGUCGUCAAGACAACCACGAUGUCCUUUCUCACCUCCAGACAUCGCAGAGCAAAGGGCGUCUGCUCCAACCCGGAGGACGCUAAGAGCAGAGGCGCAAAGAUAAUCUUCGACGACCCGGACGUGGAGCGCGUGCGCCGCGCCCACCGCAACGACCUGGAGAACAUCUUGCCGUUCUUGAUCCUGUGCCCGAUCUACCUGGCCACCGGGCCGACCGUCUGGGUGGCCACCAACGUCAUCCGCACGUUCGGCAUCGCCCGGAUCGCCCACACCGUGCUCUACCUGAAUGAGGUGCCUGGUGUCCGGGGGCUGGCGUUCAUAGUCGGGGUGGCUGAUACCCUGUUCAUGGCGGGCAGCACCAUCAUGUACGCCUGCUGAGGCCUUAGGCGGCGUCACCUGAGCCCCCUCCCCUCUCCCGUCACCAGCGGCCGCGCAGGUCGUGACCUCUGCCCUGAUCGCGGUUCAUCUGAUCCCUGGGCGAUGGAAUACACCCUCCGACAAGAGCGUCCUUUACACGAUAUAACACAAUGCAUGGCGGGCAUCUCGCUGAAACCCGUUUCAAUGCACUAGCGGUGGUGGUGUAGCUUAGCUGUACCCUAAACAGGCUGGCCAACCCCGUCACGUAUGUAAACAUGGCUCAGCGUGUCACUAAAACGGACCAUCUCAGGGUGCUGUAUGCAAUAUAUCCGCCUUGUCUGCU